AUGCAGCAGGUGCUGACAAAAAUCGACCGUGUAUCCAAGGGAGUCUUGCUAAAGAACGUGCUGGACAUCCAGGAGUUUGUGAAGGAAGAAACUCGGGGCUGCUGCCAGCAGCUCUUCCUGGUCAGCCAGGUCUGCUUCAUCGGCCGCAGCAACGUGGGCAAGUCCUCCCUCAUCCGCGCACUCUUCGCGCUCAGCCCCGACAGCGUGGAGGUCCGCGUGUCCAAAACGCCCGGCCACACAAAGAAGAUGAAUUUCUUCAACGUAGGGAAGUAUUUUACUCUGGUGGACAUGCCCGGCUAUGGCUACCGCGCCCCGCAGGACUUUGUGGAGAUGGUGGAGGCCUAUCUGCAGGAACGGCCCAACUUGAAGAGAACUUUCUUAUUAGUGGAUGGAGUAGUCGGACUCCAGAAAACUGAUCACAUCGGCAUAGAGAUGUUGGAAGAGUUCGGGAUUCCUUACGUGCUGGUGCUGACAAAAAUCGACCGCGUAUCCAAGGGAGUCUUGCUAAAGAAUGUCCUGAAGAUCCAGGAGUUUGUGAAGGAGGAGACUCAGGGGUGCUUCCCUCAGCUCUUCCUGGUCAGCGCGCUCGAGUAUUCGGGGGUGCACUUGCUGAGGUGCUUCAUAGCCCACGUUACGGGAAACCUGCCUCUCAUGGAGGGUGACUGAGCAGAUCCUGAACCCCUCGGCAUGUGCAGGACAAGAGUCCGGGCUGGUUUCAGACCUUGCUGUGGAUCCCACGUAGAGCUCUGCAGCUGCGCCCUGACCCACAAAGCAGAGACGCGCGCUYGUUCCGUGCACCUUUCCGUGCGGCUGCCGAAGCACAGCAGUGGCGCCCUGCAUUUUUAGGGGUGCUGCCACAGCUGGCAAAGCUUUGUCCCACAGCAGCUGCAUCUGGCUAAGAGGAGAUGUGGGUCUCUGUCCCGGGGAGACCAAACCCGGCCGGUUACGGUGCCAGAAAGACUGAAUGUCAGCA